CGAUGGUCUCCUCCCAUGGUCACAAAAAGGCAGAGUUAUGUGCAACAGGAAGUCCCGCCCACAGGAAACAGUCAGGCUUCUCUGGCUUCAGGUUUCACAAAUGAGGAAGCAGUCAGGAACACACAGGCGGUCAAAGAACAAACGGCGGUGGCAAUGAGGCACUCUUUGCUCCUCCUGCUCGCCUGUUUGGCUGCGUGUGGCGUUCAGGGGGCUUCAGAGUUCAAGAUAUGUGCCUUCAACCUUCAGUCCUUUGGGGAAUCCAAAGCUGGGAAUGACGAUGUCAUGCGCACACUGGCCAAGAUCAUCAGUCGGUGCGAUGUGAGUCUGCUUCAGGAAGUGAGAGACAGCAAACAAAGAGCUAUACCCAUGUUGCUUGAGCGCCUUAAUAAGUUUGAUAUUCAUCACCAGUAUGACGCUGUGGCGAGUGAGAGACUUGGUAGAUCGGAAUCCUACCAGGAGCAGUAUGUGUUUGUCUACAGGGUGGAUACGGUCAGGGUGACAGGUCAGUAUCAGUACCCUGACAGCAGGCCGGGAGACGUGGACGCAUUCUCCAGAGAACCCUUUGUUGUCCGCUUCAAGGCUCCAAACACAGCCAUCAAGGAGUUUGUCCUCAUCCCACAACACACCACUCCAACCAACACCAGUAAGGAGCUGGAGGCACUUUACGAUGUCUUACAAGAUGUGAAAAAGAUGUGGAAAACUGAGAACGUGAUGCUUCUUGGCGACUUCAACGCUGAUUGCAACUACCUCUCCAAGAGAAGGCGGGAGAAACUGCGCUUGUUCACAGAAAAGGAUCUGUCCUGGCUGAUAAAGGAUAAGACGGACACCACUGUCCGUUCAUCCACCUCAUGUGCUUAUGACAGGAUCCUUGUGAACGGUGAUGCAUUUUCCAAAGCAGUUGUGCCAUUUUCUGCCAAGCCGUUUAACUUCCAGUUGGAAUAUCAACUCACAGAAGAGGAGGCACUCCAGGUGAGUGAUCAUUACCCCGUCGAGGUCCUGCUGAGGAACGCAGCGUCAAAAGUGUCCUUCAGCCUCUCAGUCAUCUCGCUGCUACUCUUCAUCUCCAGGUGAAACCAGCCUGAACUGGACUGGACUCCUGUGGCACACAGGUGGUGUCGUAUCUAGACUUCAAUUAUGCAAAAGUCCCUUGUGCAUUCACUUUAAGGCUACAACUAGGCCUAGGCGAUGAAUCAGUUUUAUUGAUUAACUCAAGCUUUUUUUUGUUUGGGCAGAGAAUCUACAUUUUUUUUAAAAACUAUCUUUUUUUUCUUGUUCUAGCAUACUUUUUGCCCACAGGAGCUUUCUCUCCCUUCAUCCCCACAGUGAGUUCAAACCCCGGCCGAGUCAUACCAAAGACUGUAAAAAUGGGACCCAUUACCUCCCUGCUUGACACUCAGCAUCCAAGGUUGGAAUUGGGGGUUAAAUCACCAAAAAUGAUUCACGGGCGCGGCCACCGCUGCCGCCCACUGCUCCCCUCACCUCCCAAGGGGUGAACAAGGGGAUGGGUCAAAUGCAGAGGACAAAUUUCACCACACUUUUUAUUGAUUGAUUGAAACUUUUAUUAGUAGAUUGCACAGUACAGUAAAUAUUCCGUACAAUAAAUGGUAACACCCAAAUCAAUUUUUCAACUUUUUUAAGUCGGGGCCCACAUUAAAUAAUUCAUGGUACUUUAACAUUAACUUAAUCUCCUUAGCGCACAUUCACAAACAGCAACAACAUGGCUAAUGCUAACACCAACGAGUUCCAAAGGAAGGAAACUACUCCAUAUUUUUGGGAUUAUAAAUCGCUCCGGAGUAUACGUUGCACCGGCCGAAAAUGCAUAAUAAAGAAGGACAAAAACAUAUAUACGUCACACUGGAGUAUAAGUCGCAUUUUUGGGGGAAAUUUAUUUGAUAAAAUCCACCACUAAGAAUAGACAUUUGAAAGGCAAUUUAAAAUAAAUAAAGAAUAGUGAAGAACAGGCUGAAUAAGUGACCGUUAUGUGACGCAUAAAUAACCAACUGAGAAGGUGCCUGGUAUGUUAGCGUAACAUAUUAUGGUAAGAGUCAUUCAAAUAACUAUAACAUAUAGAACAUGCUAUACGUCAGGAGUGUCAAACUCAAAUAUAGAGUGGGCCAAAAUUCUAAACUGAACAAAGCCGCGGGCCAAAGUUAAACAACUUAACCUUUUAAUAGGGACCCAAACAAGUUUUGCAUUGAAUAUUGAACAAGCAAGGCUUAUAUAACUUCAUAGUGACAUGCAAAAUCGAGUUUUGUUGGUAGCGGGGGUGUAUAUUGUAGCGUCCCGUUAGUGCUGCAAGGGAUUCUGGGUAUAUGUUCGGUUGUGUUUAUGUUGUGUUACGGUGCGGAUGUUCUCCCGAAAUGUGUUUGUCACUCUUGUUUGGUGUGGGUUCACUGUGUGGCGCAUAUUUGUAACAGUGUUAAAGUUGUUUAUACGGCCACCCCCAGUGUGACCUGUAUGGCUGUUGAACAAGUAUGCCUUGCAUUCACUUGUGUGUAGAAGCCGCAUAUAUUACGUAACUGGGCCGGCACGCUGUUUGUAUAGAGGAAAAGCGGACGUGACGACAGGUUGUAGAGGACGCUAAAAGCAGUACCUUUAAGGCACGCCCCCAAAAUUGUUGUCCGAGUGGAAAUUCGGGAAAAUGGUUGCCCCGGGAGAUUUUCAGGGGGGGCACUGGAAUUCGGGAGUCUCCUGGGAAAAUCGGGAGGGUUGGCAAGUAUGAGAAUUAGCGUUGAAUGUGGUGAUACGGCGACACCGCCACUGUAUAGUACCGGCAGGUCAGCUCUAAUGUUAAUUUACUAUUGCUUCAAGGGCCAAAUUAAAUUACACGGCCCGUGGGCCAGAGUUUGACACCCAUGCUAUACGUUUACCAAAUAAUGUGUCACUGCUAAUCGAUAAAUCCGAUGAAAUCUUCUUCCUCGAUGUCGCUUCCAAACAACUCUGCCAACUCCAAAGGUAUGCGCCGCUUCCUCUUGUCGUUUUCUGCUGCAUAUUUCACUACAGCCAGCUUGUAAUCUACUAGAGUUCCUUUUCGGUGCCAUUUUUGUUCAGCCCUUCUCAGUUUUUAUAAAUUACCGCCAACGUUGAAAUGAUCCAUUUGAAUACCAUAUAGCAGAUAGCAUCCCAUGACCCACAAUGCACUUCUGCCAUGACCCUCCCCCGCCGAAUUCUUAUUGGUUGACGUGUGUGUGACGAGUGCUGACAUGUUCUUCGUCUCUUCCACGAAUGAGAUAAAUAAUAUUAUUUGAUAUUUUACGGUAAUGUGUUAAAGGGGAACAUUAUCACAAUUUCUGAAGGGUUAAAACCCCAAAAAUCAGUUCCCAGUGGCUUAUUUUAUUUUUCAAAGUUUUUCUCAAAAUUUUACCCAUCACGCAAUAUCCCGAAAAACGGCCUCAAAGUGCCUGAUUUACACCAUCGCUAUAUCCACCCAUCUAUUGUCCUGUGACGUCACUGCGUAAAGCCAGCAAAAAUAAAACAUGGCAGAUAGCACAGAAAGGUAUAGCAUAGUAGCUCGGAUUCAGACUCGGAUUUCAGCGCCGUAAGCGAUUCAACAGAUUACGCAUGUAUUGAAACGGAUGGUUGGAGUAUGGAGGCAGGUACCGAAAACGAAAUUAAAGAAGAAACAGAAGCUUUUGAGCCAUAUCACGACAGACAGCUGCACGGGAGGAAGCGAGAACGAACUCGGCGAUCGCCUUCUAACCUACGGGGAGGCGUUCGCGUGGCAUCCUGACCAGAUGCCCGAACCACCUCAUCUGGCUCCUCUCGAUGUGGAGGAGCAGCAGCUUUACUUUGAGUUCCUCCCGGAUGGCAGAGCUUCUCACUCUAUCGCUAAGGGAGAGCCCCGCUACACGGCGGAGGAAACUCAUUUCGGCCGCUUGUACCCGUGAUCUUGUCCUUUCGGUCAUGACCCAAAGCUCAUGACCAUAGGUGAGGAUGGGAACGUAGAUCGACCGGUAAAUUGAAAGCUUUGCCUUCCGGCUCAGCUCCUUCUUCACCACAUCGGAUCGGUACAACGUCCGCAUUACUGAAGACGCCGCACCGAUCCGCCUGUCGAUCUCACGAUCCACUCUUCCCUCACUCGUGAACAAGACUCCUAGGUACUUGAACUCCUCUACUUGGGGCAGGGUCUCCUCCCCAACCCGGAGAUGGCAUUCCACCCUUUUCCGGGCGAGAACCAUGGACUCGGACUUGGAGGUGCUGAUUCUCAUUCCGGUUGCUUCACACUCGGCUGCGAACCAAUCCAGUGAGAUCUGAAGAUCCCGGCCAGAUGAAGCCAUCAGGACCACAUCAUCUGCAAAAAGCAGAGACCUAAUCCCGCGGCCACCAAACCGGAACCCCUCAACGCCUUGACUGCGCCUAGAAAUUCUGUCCAUAAAAGUUAUGAACAGAAUCGGUGACAAAGGACAGCCUUGGCGGAGUCCAACCCUCACUGGAAAUGUGUUCGACUUACUGCCGGCAAUGCGGACCAAGCUCUGAAACUAAUCAUACAGGGAGCGGACCACCACAAUAAGACAGUCCGAUACCCCAGGUGACUCUAAAUGUCAUUAACUGUUAGGCCAGGGGUAGGGAACCUAUGGCUCUAGAGCCAGAUGUGGCUCUUUUGAUGACUGCACCUGGCUCUCAGAUAAAUCUUAGUUGACAUUGCUUAACACAAUAAGUAAUGAAUAAUUCCGCCAGUAAUCACAGUGUCAAAAAUAACGUUCAAAAUAUAAAACAUUCUCAUGCAUUUUAAUGCAUCCAUCCAGUUUCUGCCGCACCCGUUCAAGAAGUCGCAUUAAUAGUAAGAAGUAUGUUAUUUAUUGUUGGUUGGCUUCAGAAUAACAAUGUUAUUAAAAAGAAUAUGAUACUUAUUAUACCCGAAAAAUGUUGGUCUUACUUAAAAGUGCACGCAUUUAGUUGUAUUCAGUCUUACAAAAAAAUAUUAUAUGGCUCUCAUGGAAAUACUGUUUAAAACAUUUGGCUUGUAUGGCUCUCUCAGCCAAAAAGGUUCCCGACCCCUGUGUUAGGCCAUGGAAAAAAAUGGGACUCAGGUGGAGAAGGGGGACAAUUGACACAGGCUUUACUUCAGCAGUUUUCUUAUAACUCUUUAGACAAACUCUAUACUUGACACACUAGACUAGCAGGGGUCUCAAACUCAAUUUACCUGGGGGCCACUGGAUGCAGAAUCUGGGUGAGGCUGGGCCACAAGAAAAGAUUUCUUGAAAAAAUGUUUGCAUACUCAGCAUGUCUAGUUGUAUAAUGACGUUUCAAAUUGUAUCCCUUGUGCGCCGCAACUUUCUCUGUGCAAAUAAGACACGUCGGUGCCCCUGUGCUCAACUAAGAAAUAUUGCAUCUCCCACUUUUCCUGGAAUUGUCUCUGCUCAUCAGUAACAUUUCUCUUAACUGCAGGCUUUGAAAAAGACAUGUUUGGGGUUGUGCAAUAUAUUUGUAUUUAGCUGACGCACGGAGAAUGUUAUUUCCGCGAUGUGUCGUUCUGCUUUUCCUCCCUACAGCAACACGGCGGUCGUCUGAUAGUAGUUGGGAAAGUACCGGGAUAGCGAGCGCAAAAAAGUGACGUCUCCCGGAGUCAUAUAGAAAUAUAUGUAGUGUUCAUCGUGUGAGGAAAUGCAAGUUAAACAAUAAAAAAAAACAUAACGGUUUUGAAUUGGUCCAGGUUAUCAGGGACUGUUAUUACUGACGGACAGGUGUCGUGGUGUGACUGCAGACAGGCACGUAAGAAAACCCUCGUCUCCAUGGCAACCUCUGUCGCUUUCAGUCAUUUUCCGCUUUUCCACUAACGCAGAGGUAGGCAACCCAGAACGUUGAAAGAGCCAUUUUGGACACAAAUAACACAACGUUGUCAAGCGUCAUUCAUAUAAAACUCGCGGGCCGCACUAACAUUAAACUUUCAUAUUAGGUGGGGGCCGAAAAAUAACGUCUCGCGGGCCGCGUGUCUGAGACCCCUGCACUACAGUAACAAAAGAUACAUAGCGUAGGGCAUAAAACAAUAAACGGAAAAUCACUCCAUGGGGAGGAAAAAGGCAAUAGCGAACUUUUAAACUGAUCUAAUAACGAAAAAACAACAAUCUAUGAUAAACUACACAAAAGGAAAAUCAUUCAUGCAGAGGAGGAGACAAGAAGCUAUAAACAGAAAGUACGCUAUAAAGAGCUAAGAGAACUACAAACUAAAGCGCUCCAAGAGGAGGAAAAAAGGAAGGCAAAGCACUUUGAAAUUAGCACAAAAAAACUGACCAAAAAAACUUUGGCAAAUCAAAAUCACUUCGGGGUGUAACAGCACGGUUUAGAGGUAACAGUUCGGUUCCUUUUCAGUUCGGUUACAGUAAGAAAACAACAAAAUAUACAUUUUUUGCGUUAUUUAUUUACCAAAUUUGUAAACAAUGGCAUAACAUACAUAUAUACAGAGGGUCCAUUGCCAAGGUUAAUGUGGUCAACAUAUGUAAAAUACAGGCUCAGAAUGGUUUCUUAACAACACCUUUCUACAUAUAAAGUGCUUUUUUUGAUUGAUUGAUAGAGACUUUUAUUAGUAGAUUGCACAGUACAGUACAUAUUCCGUACAAUUGACCACUGAUAGCAAAGACCCCAAUAAGUUUUUCAACUUGUUUAAGUCGGGGUCCAUGAUCAUCAACAUUAAACUGACUCAAGUUGUUGCUAUUAAGAGGAUAUAUGGGGUCAUUGUUCUUCCACUAUAGAAGUGGGUCAAAAUCUUGUUUUUAAUGCAAUACAGCAAUCCCCCGCGACCCCGAACGGGACAAGUGGAUAGAAAUGGAUGGAUGGAUGGUCUUAAAGGGGAACAUUAUCACCAGACCUAUGUCAGCGUCAAUAUAUACCUUGAUGUUGCAGAAAAAAGACCAUUUAUUUUUUAACCGAUUUCCGAACUCUAAAUGGGUGAAUUUUGGCGAAUUAAACGCCUUUCUAUUAUUCGCUCUCGUAGGUAGUCAAUCCGCCAUUUUCUCAAACACAUUACAAACACCAAGUCAAAUCAGCUCUGUUAUUUUCCGUUUUUUCGACUGUUUUCCGUACCUUGGAGACAUCAUCCCUCGUCUGUGUGUUGUCGGAGGGUGUAACAACACGAUCAGGGACGGAUUCAAGUUGAUUUAUGAGGAGUGUGCAUCGAUUAGCACGGCAUGCUAAUCGAUGCUAACAUGCUAUUUAGGCUAGCUGUAUGUACAUUUGUAGCUAUAUUUGCAUCCAGCCUUUCCCUCCACCCACAUUUAAUGCCAAACAAACACUUACCAAUCGACAGAUUUAAGUUGCUCCAGUGUCAAAAGAUGUGAAAGUCCCUCGUUUGGUCUGCACAUUUUACCGGCGAUGCUAAGCCAGACAUGACACAGAGUUGUGUGGAUAUCCUGCGACAAUCAAAGCAGAUAUAUUUCCAACGAUAAAGUCAACAAAAUCACCAAGGUGAGUUUUGCUGAUAUUUUUGACCUAUGUGCUAAUCAGACAUAUUUGGUCGCGGCAUGACUGCCAGCUAAUUGAUGCUAACAUGCUAUUUAGGCUUGCUGUAUGUACAUUUGUAGCUAUAUUUGCGUCCAGCCUUUCCAUCCACCCACAUUUAAUGCCAAACAAACACUUACCAAUCGACGGAUUUAAAUUGCUCCAGUGGUCUGGUCAAAAGAUGCAAUCGUUGGUUAGAAGGCGAUCACCGAAUAGCUUCAGUAGCUAUUCGCUCAAUAGCUUCAGUUUCUUCUUCAAUUUCAUUUUCGCUAUCUGCCUCCAUACUCCAACCAUCCGUUUCAAUACAUGCGUAAUCUGUUGAAUCGCUUAAACCGCUGAAAUCCGAGUCUGAAUCCGAGCUAAUGUCGCUAUAUCUUGCUGUGCUAUCCGCCAUGUUGGCAUCACUAGAUAAGGUCACAGGAAAAUGGACGGUGGAUUUACAGAUAGCGAAAAUCAGACACUUUAAAGCCUUUUUUCUGGAUAUUAGAUGAUGGGUAAAAUUUUGAAAAAAACUUCGAAAAAUAAAAUAAGCCGCUGGGAACUGAUUUUUAUUGGUUUUAACCCUCCUGAAAUUGUGAUAAUGUUCCCCUUUAAAUGUGCUGCUAUAAAACGUUUGUUAUUGCUGUAGCCCUGCCUGACUCGCCGAGGAGAGGCUGCUUGAAUGCGGAGGUGCCGCUUCAAAGGGGUUAGCAUGUUUGACGUGUUGGCCGAAGCGUACCCUAGUGCUGCUCAACAAUGUCGGCAAACCUCCGUCUUCCAUUGUCGUAUCGCACCGCGCAGCCAAAGUGUUCCCAAACGGGAGAUGUUAACGAGGCAGGAGGGUCUUCCGGCUCUGGCUUUUGCAUGUUGUCCUAGCCCAGUCGCUGCUAGCCUACCGUGUGUUGUGCCUCGCUCUGCAUUGUUUACACAACCUGCGGUGCGCUACCCAAUAUGUCCGUGUGGAAACUCGUUCGGUGCACCUCCGAACUGAACCCCCGUACCAAAACACUUCAAUACGAAUACACGUACCAUUACACCCCUAAAAUCACUCUUUCUCAGAGGGUACAAAGAAAUCAAGGAAUAAGGCGAGGCAAUACUUGACGAGACUGCGGAAGACAGCUGGAGGUACAUAACGAAACUAUAUACACUUGAGGGAGGGUGCCACAGGUGAGCGCAAUCAGGAGAGACAUCAGACCAGUGACACAGGAGGAAGGGCAAGUGGCCUGAAACGAGAAGAGGAUUAGAUUUUCAAAAUAAGACAGGAAGUUUGCCAGACAACCCAAAAACAAGACUUCCCUCACCACGGUGUGACAUUAACGGGUUCUCUUUAUGUAUUUUUUGCUCUUGAAAAAUAAUAGUUCCGAUAAUAAUAGCUUUUGAGUAACGGGUGGAUACAUAACUACUUGGAACGCCCCCUUCUAUCGCCAGACUCGUUAUGUCCUGGUGUGACGUCAUCUACAGAAAUAGAGGCCAUUUCCCCCCGCAUAGACAGUGUGAAUUAAUGUUUUUGUUCUCCUGGUCUAUGAUUACUUCAAAACUGAUGUAGUAAACAUUGUGAGUACAAAAGAAAUGUAAAAUAAUCGCCAUUUCUGCUCCUCCAUAGACACACAGCCUGUGUUUCCUCAUGCUCGUCCAGCAUUUCCCUGCUCAUCUUGCAGAAAACAUCAGUAGCAGAGGAUGCAAAAUAGAAUAAUAGCGGCGUUAUUUUUUUUUACGUCUGGUUCCUUCAAACUGCGUGAAAAUAACGUGAUUGGGGAUGAAGAUACUAGCAAAACCAAAACUAACAAUUUGAAAUUGCCUCCAGUCUUCUGUGGAUGACGUCAGCAGGCCGAUGCAGGCCCCGCCCACAUUCUGCAGCUGAAAGUGGGCGUUCCAAAAUGUGCUGAAACUCGUUAGAAAACUCUUUGGGUGGAGUUUUACCUGUAGACAUCCUUUUUAGAUUCAGAACUACAAACCCCGUUUCCAUAUGAGUUGGGAAAUUGUGUUGGAUGUAAUUAUAAACGGAAUACAAUGAUUUGCAAAUCUCUUUCAACCCAUAUUCAGUUGAAUGCAAAAGAAAAACAAGAUAUUUGAUGUUCAAACUCAUAAACGCAAUUUUUUUUUGCAAAUUAUAAUUAACUUAUAAUUUCAAGGCUGCAACACGUGCCAAAGUAGUUGGGAAAGGGCAUGUUCACCACUGUGUUACAUCACAUUUUCUUUUAACAACACUCAAUAAACGUUUGGGAACUGAGGAAACUAAUUGUUGAAGCUUUGAAAGUGGAAUUCUUUCCCAUUCUUGUUUUAUGUAGAGCUUUAUUCGUUCAACAGUCCGGGGUCUCCGCUGUCGUAUUUUACGCUUCAUAAUGUGCCACACAUUUUCCAUGUGAGACAGGUCUGGACUGCAGGAAGGCCAGGAAAGUACCAGCACUCUUUUACUACGAAAACACGCUGUAGUAACACGUGGUUUGGCAUUGUAUUGCUGAAAUAAGCAGGGGCGUCCAUGACAACGUUGCUUGGAUGACAACAUAUGUUGCUCCAAAACCUGUAUGGACCAUUCAGCAUUAAUUGUGCCUUCACAGAUGUGUAAGUUACCCAUGCCUUGGGCACUAAUACACCCCCAUACCAUCACAGAUGCUGGUUUUUGAACUUUGCUCCUAUAACAAUCCGGAUGGUUAUUUUCCUUUUUGUUCCGGAGGACACCACGUCCACAGUUUCCAAAUAUAAUUUGAAAUGUGAACUCGUCCGAAAACAGAACACUUUUCUACUUUGCAUCAGUCCAUCUUAGAUGAGCUCGGGCCCAGCGAAGCCAGGAGCAUUCCUUCAUGUUGUUGAUAAAUGGCUUUUGCUUUGCUUGGCAGAGUUUUAACUUGCACUUACAGAUGUAACGACCAACUGCCGUUACUGACGGUGGUUUUAUGAAGUGUUCUUGAGCCCAUGUGGUGAUAUCCUUUACACACUAAAGUCGGUUUUUGAUGCAGUACCGCCUGAGGGAUCAAAGGUCCUUAAUAUCAUCGCUUACGUGCAGUGAUUUCUCCAGAUUCUAUGAACCUUUUGAUGAUUUUACGGACCGUAGAUGGUAAAAUCCCUAAAUUCCUUGCAAUAGCUCGUUGAGAAAUGUUGUUCUAAAACUGUUCGACAAUUUGCUUAAAAAUUGGUGACCCUCGCCCCAUCCUUGUUUGUGAAUUACUUAGCAUUUCAUGGAAGCUGCUUUUAUACCCAAUCAUGGCACCCACUUGUUCCCAAUUAGCCUGCACACCUGUGGGAUGUUCCAAAUAAGUGUUUGAUGAGCAUUCCUCAACUUUAUCAGUAUUUAUUUUGCCCCCUUUCCCAACUUUUUUGUCACGUGUUGCUGGCAUCAAAUUCCAAAGUUAAUGAUUAUUUGCGAAAAAAAAAAAAAUGUUAAUCAGUUUUAACAUCAAAUAUGUUGUCUUUGUAGCAUAGUCAACUGAAUAUGGGUUGAAAAUGAUUGGAAAAUCAUUGUAUUCCGUUUAUAUUUACAUCUAACACAAUUUUCCAACUCAUAUGGAAACGGGGUUUGUAUGAAAUAAGUGCCAAUUUUGGGCACUUUUGUUCGCAUUAUAAUAAUACCAAUGUAGGAGUUUAGUUCUUUGCAUGCAAUGUGCAACGCUAAUAUUUUUUUUAAAUGUUAUUCAAAACAGAAGUUUGUCACCCAGAAAAAAACUCUUAAUUUAGCUUUUUUUUUUAAGGUUUUAUACAAAGUGUAAUUUAAAUCAGUCUAAAAAAACAACUUUUUAAAAAUGCUUCAUGCCAUGUAUCCUGCAUUGUUUGUAUCCAUCCAACCAACUAUUUUUUUUAUAAAAAAAACAAAAAAGUCCGAAAAAAAAAAUCAUGCAUCAAAUUUUUGGUAAGAAAAAAAUAUAUCAGAAAUUCGAUUUUUAACCCAUAUCGCCCAGGCCUGGCUGAAGUCUUUUUUUUUUUUCAUGGACAUUUCGAGAAGUGACACAGUAAUUGGUUUAUAAAAAUAGUUUUGGUUUGUUUGUACGGUAUUAGCUCACUAAAAAUAGGAAGUGAUGGGUAUAUCGAUACUGAAGCAUUAUGAAACUCAAGGAGUGAUACAGUGUUCAACGAUACCUCUGUGUGUGUGUCACUUUAAGAAAAGACCACAUGACCGAUAGUUACUGUGUCGUUUGACUGAAGGAAGCUUCUUCUGGCUUGUGAGUAACAACUCGUACGGUUGGACGUCAACUUAAAAAAAUCCAAAGUGUGGGGUCAUUUUUGAUCAUAUAUAGCCAAAUAAGAUACAUGUUCUUGGUGUGUAUUUCUUAAUAAUUUCAUUAUAAUUACUUUUGUUAAUUAUUCAUUUUAUUUGCAGGUCAAAUGUAGUGACUUUUUUAAUCCAGCAGAUGGUGCCAUUAUAAAACACCAACAUAGUACCAGUGCAGUGUCAAUACAGCCAGGGAGUGUGCCACACGCUCACUUAGCCAUCACUCAAAGUAAGUUAUCUGGUUCAAUAAGUCGAUUUUUGUCAUGACUUAUUACAAAUGACAAUACACGCGUAUUUAUUGUGUUUUUACCUCACUUUUAAACUGAAUGCACUGUUUAUCACUUGUCAGCUGUUAGUAAUGUUUAACCAAAAUGUGUGCGUUAUCAAUAGUGCUGUCAAUUAUUUAGUUUAAUCUCACUUUAGAAUUUUAAUUCAUCUAGAUUAAUUGCACUAUUUUGCCUAUUUAGAAAUUACUUUUAAAAAAAGACCCAAAUAUUUUCAUACAAAUGCAAUUUUAUCGUCAUAAUGUCACACAGGAACUUUUUUUAUGUUUACUUGAAUGCAUGUCAUUUCUAUGCCAAACACUCUAACUGUUUUAUGUUUCUUUUUUCAUUUUGAAGAGCGAUUGGAGUCUCUUCACUCAUCUUUGCACUGAUGUAUAACAGUACUGUAAAAAUAAGUCUGUAGAUUUGAUGGUAAAAAAAAAAAAAAAGGCCGCUCAGUCGCCAGAAUUGUACCGUAAAAAUAACAGUGGCACUGUUUUUCUACAUCCAGUAAUACACUGUAAAAACAACAUUCUAUGGCAAAAAAAAAAAACUGUUUCAGUAAGUCGGAGUAAAAAACGUUGUAAAAUUUACAGUCAAAUUCUGCGACUAUGAUGCCAGUUUUUAUUGAUAAAUCUACUUUUUUUUUUUGCCAUGUGAUCACUGACCGUAUCACCUCCAAAAUCUACGACUAUGAUGCCAGUUUUUAUUGUUAAUUCUACUUUUUUCUUUUGCCGUGUGAUCACUGACCGUAUCACCUCCUGUGCUGGCACCUGUCAAAAUAAAUGACUGGAACAUUCUGUGUUUAUACAUGAAUAA